CCGUCAGUUUUGCUUCUACUGGUGAAGGAGAAACUACACUCAGUGCUUGGAAUCCCAAAACGAAAACAUUAAUUUUUAUAUCUUCAGUAUGGAGAACAAGCGGUUACUCCUUGUCUUCACUAUUGCUGUAUUAGUUAUUGGUUGCAUCGAUGCGAGGAAAACAAGUAGCAGCCGCCGAGGAGGAAGCAGCCACAGCCGCGGUUCGUCUUACUUUAGGACAACAUCGAGGCCCCAACACUCUCAAGGUUCCGACACAGGAACAAUCGGCUGGAACGUUCAGCCGAAGCAAACCCCAACCUCCAACGUGAAGCCCUCAGCCCCAGUAUCAGACACAGUCUCCAAGACUAGUGCCACAAAUGUCCAAAACUCCAACUGGAAGCCCUCUGGAGGCUAUGGAUCCAACGGUCAGCCCAACAAUCCGUCAAUGAGCACAGGACACCAAGGAGCACCACCGCCGUAUAAUCCGUCCGUAGGUAGUCACAAUCCCCCACCUUAUAGUCAGACUUACCACCCACAGUCCCACAAUCAGCCCUACGGACCACCUCCUGCAUAUGGAUCCCCAUCAUAUGGAGCACCUCCAUCUUAUGGAGGAGCGCCAUCUUAUGGUGGCAGCUACCAUGCACCUGGAGGCUAUCAUGCACCCGGUGGGUACCAAUCGCCCGGAGGAUACCACCCACCACCAGCCUACAAUCCCUAUCAGAGUCACUCAGCAUCUCCUGGAGUCGGGUACAAUCCUCCAGUGGGUCAUGCACCGCAAACGAUCCUGGUGCAAGGUGCAUCAUCUAGACCAGGAAUAGGACAAUUAGCCAAGGAAGCUUUGGUGUUCGGUGCUGUGACUGCCGGAGUUAACGCUGCUGUCAAUAGAAUCAUUCCUGGAGGAAUUUACGGAAAUUCUGGCCACUAUGGAAGUAGCGGUGGCAGUGGCGGUGGAGCUGUGGGAGUGCCGGCAACUACUCACACCCAGAUUACUUAUAAUAAUUAUUACAAUAAUGGAAGUGCACCUCAGCCCGCUGCAGAGGGAGCUGCUGCGGUUGCUCCUGUCGCUUCUCCUGCUCCUGGUGCUCCUGCUGCUGCCCCCGCUGCUAACCCAGCUGAUCCCCCUGGUGUUAUUCCGCUCCCAGAACAGCCUAGUCAAAGUUCUAGUACCAAUGCCAGUCCCGAUAAACCGGCGAGUGGGGAGACAGGGAAACCUCCUAAUCCGCCCAGUGAGGAAGCUCAAUUUCCGAGUCCUCUGGGAUAUGUGAUCACGAAAGCCGAAAUUCAGAAGCUGACUGAGGAUUUGUUGAGCAAGGAUAAGAAUAAUGCGUUUAAACACAUCACGAUGAAUGUGCAGGGACAGAAGACGGAUGACAGUGUCACUGAUGAUGCUGCUGAACCGUUAUUAACUGUUAAAGAGGAAGCCUAUGAAAUUCCAACGAUAAAAGCAGUCGUCGCUCUACAUGAUAACUACGAACUCGAUAUUAAAGUCAAGGAGAACGUGACACCUGAAAAACGAAAGGAACAGAACGAGCUGUUGGACCAGUUUAUGCAAACUGAGGUCAUACAGGCAACGUUGAAAUUCUUGGCUGAGAAGGGAUACGUGACAAAUGAUGAGUAUGACUUCAAAGAUACCUUGAGGCGUAUCUGGUUCACUCAGUUCAAGAGAAUUGAUGCAGACCCUGGCAGCUCUGGCUUCGAAACUGUGUUCCUAGCUGAACAAUUCGAUAAGGAGAUCAUUGGGAUGCAUAAUUGGGUGUAUUAUGCCAGGCAGGAGGCUGCGAAGAAGCUGAAUUACCUCGGAUAUAUCAAGCAACAGUCUCUUGGAGACAAGGGGGCAAUCGUCAAACUUCGCUCGACCCUUAAUGAAGUUGUUCAGCCAGUCACGACAAUUUUUGUUGGAACAUCACCAGAAUUGGAAAUGGCUUUGUACACAAUGUGUUUCUACACACGUCCGAAUUAUCCCUGUCCCAUUAAGCUUGGUGGCACUGAUUUUGUCAUCAUUGCUAACAGAGUAAAUUAUUUGGGAACAGAUAUACUAGUCUCAGCAUAUCCAGAGAUUUAAAAUGCCUGCACAAUACUUGAUAAUUUUUACUCUGUUUUAUAAUCGUAAAAAAUGGAAUUUAAGCUCGAAAUUUAAAUUGAUUGUCCAAUUAAAUUCAGUUGAUGGAAGAACAGGUUUAUCGUGAUCCACCGAGAAAUAUUUUUUAUAAUAAAACGGGUUUCUUGAGUGUACUACAUCGUAAAAGGACCAAUUUUUAGGCCGAAUGUUUGAGAUUCAAAUGUGAUAAUUUUCUAAUGAUUCGACGAGAUUUUGUAAUGAAUAAAUAAUAAAUGAGAUCAGUAGCAACGGAAAUAUAUUCGUCUGUAGAAGUCCAACGAA